AUGGUGACAUUACUAAAGUCAAUUAAGGCCCACAAUGAUAAAGCAUGGAGCGUAAGUGCCCACCAAACGCUUCCAUUACUAGUCACAGCCUCCACCGACAAAACCUCCAAAAUCUACAAACUAUCCCAACAAUCCAACUUCCCAUUAGUUUCCAUCCUCGAAGACACGCACAAACGAUCAAUACGUUCUGUCUCAUUCAAACCACCACUCGGCGGCAUCAACAACCAACAUCCAAUUGAAGAAUUCCUCGAUCUUCCUGCCCUAGCUGCAGGUUCCUUCGAUUCAACAAUCUCGAUCUGGGGCAUAGAUGAACCAGAAGUUGAAUGUACAGACGAAGAACUCCUCGCUAAUCAGGCUCAAAUAUUAAGCAGUCCCCGCAAUGAAUGGAACCUAAUGGCAAUAAUCGAGGGUCAUGAGAAUGAAAUCAAAGCUGUAGAAUGGAAUUAUAAUGGAACUUUGCUCGCGCUGUGUUCUAGGGAUAAGACAGUUUGGAUCUGGGAGACGGACCCAGAGACAUUGGAGGAGUUUGAGUGUGUGAGUGUGUUGAAUGAUCAUCUGCAGGAUGUGAAAAAUGUGACUUGGCAUCCUCUGGUGAAUAUGUUAGCUAGUUCGAGUUAUGAUGAUAGCAUAAGGGUAUACAAACAGGAUGACGAGGAUGAUUGGGGAUGUGUUGGUGUCUUAGACGGACAUCAAGGGACUGUAUGGUGUUCGAAGUUUGAGAAUCCGAAGAGUCCAAAUGCAGUGAACGGGAAGAUUAGAUUGGUAUCUGUGAGUGAUGACAUGACAGCCAGGAUUUGGUCGAGUGAUAUUGAAGAGAAAGAGACAGAAAAGACUAGUCUUCCAAGUUCGAUUAGACAUUCAUCAGAAUUGACCUGGGAACAAGAGAGUAUCCUUCCCCAAGCACAUAAGUAUCCAAUAUAUUCAGUCGCAUGGUCCAGUGUGACAGGAAAGGUCGCUACUGCUGGUUCAGACGGGAAGAUUGUAGUAUACAAAGAAAGCAAUGGAGAAUGGGAGAUCGAAUCCUCUCAUGAAUCGUCUCACGGAGUGCAUGAAAUCAAUUGUAUCAUUUGGACCAAAUUAGAUAAAGAAGAAGAAGAAGUCUUGAUAACUGCUGGUGAUGAUGGAUGUAUAAAUUUCUGGAAAGUUUAA